AAUUGAUUGUUUGGGGCUCAUUUAUUCUGGACAAGUGAGGAGUUGGGCGACGGGUAUCCGGGUUAAGAAUCGAAGGCUAACAGAAACGCCAGCAAACGAGAAAAAGUGAAAAAAUCAAAUCUUUGAAAGAGAAAGAGAGAAUCAAAUAAAAAAUGGGGGAUUACCAUUUCGUGUACAAGGAUGUGGAAGGAGCAUCAACACAGUGGGAUGAUAUUCAGAGGAAGCUCGGAAAUCUCCCUCCAAAACCCCCCGCUUUCAAGCCCGCCCCUUUUACUCCUUCUGAGGAUCAAAAUUCCAAUUCCAAAUCCAAAGACAAAGAUUGGAUCGAUGAUAAAACCCAAGAUGAGCUUGACGAUCUCGAAGAUGACCCCGAUCUCAAUGACGAUCGCUUCCUCCAGGAAUACAGGAUGAAGAGGUUGGCCGAGAUGAAAGAAGUUGCUAAGGUUGUGAGAUUUGGAUCAGUGAUACCAAUUUCUGGAUCGGAUUUUGUGCGUGAGGUUUCCCAAGCUCCAGAAGAUAUCUGGGUGGUUGUUCUUCUGUAUAAGGAUGGAUACUCAGGCUGCCAGAUACUUUUGCAGUGCUUAGAAGAAUUGGCAACAAAAUACCCUGCAACCAAAUUUGUCAAAAUUAUCUCUACAGAUUGCAUUCCGAACUAUCCAGAUUGUAAUCUUCCAACUGUUUUGGUGUACAACAACAGUGCGUUGAAGUCAAAUUAUGUUGGGCUUCAUAGUUUUGGUCGGAGAUGCACACCCGAAGGUGUUGCAUUGACACUCUGCCAGUCAGAUCCUGUUCUAAAUGAUGGGUGUAGCAGGCAGGAACAGUCCAGAGAAGCUGUGCUGGAUGGAGUAAGGAAGAGGUUUCUCGAGAAGGUUGUGGCAGCGCAUGAAGACGAUGAUGGAUCUUCUAGUGAUUAGUCCUGAAAAUUUUAUUUGCUUCUUUUGUAGCUUGAUGGAAUAUGUAUGCUUUCUAGUGAUACUUCUGAUACACCUCUGUUCUUUCAUUUUCGGUUUUCCCUUGGUAAACUUCUGUAGGUUUAGGUUAGAUUUGCUUAAAAAAUGAAUUUUGCUCUAUAAGUUAUUGAUGUUUUUGAAAAAUUACUUCUUUCAAAUCCUUUGAACGCUGAGAAGGGUUUUGACAAGAAAAACAUUUCUAUGUUCGAUUUGAUAUGAGUUGAACCUAUUUUUCAA